GCUUUGCCAGAGUGAUCCUCCCGAGCCUGCACAACAACAUCCUUGAAGAGCAGACGAUCCAGGCGCGAAUCAAAGCUCAGGUUCAGACUCCCUGCAAGCGCAAGCGAACAUCGCCCUACGAUUUCGUGAUUACCGAUCCAACACUUCGUCCGGCCGCGCUCUGGAUUCUGUCAACGUCCAAGACACCUGCCUUUGAAGCGCUGCACUUCUCCCCGAGACCAGUGCAAGUAUUCAUCUUCGACGGGCAUCUCUUCUCUCAACGACCCUCAGCACUGCCUCCCCUGUCGCGCUUCAAGUGCACUCGAAACUUUCUGCUCCGUUUCUUCGAUCAUCGAAAUGUCCAAGAUCUAGCGACAAGCGCAUCUCAAACAUCGGACAUGUCGCAAUACCCGUUUCCGUACGGCUACGGCCAGUUUUACGGACAACACACCGCUCAAGCACACGCCUAUCCCGGUGUCCCGGGCUACCAGGCCGCCGUCCAGAACUCUCAGUACAACUCCUACGCCGCCCAAAUCAACCGCGAUGCCUCGCAAACUGCUUACGACUCGAACGCGAUCAACAUUCCCGGCCUUGGGAUAGGAACCCCAGCUGCCCCUGGGACUCAUCACAAUCUUGCCUACAAUGCUGCCGCUUGGGCUCAACCAUCUAACUUUCCGGGACCGGCACCAAACGUUCCGCAACCGCAGCCUCAGGAAGGGAGCGACUUUUGGCCCCAGCGCUCUCAGCCCGAAAUCACCAGCACUUUGAAGAAUGGCGCACAGCCUUCAAGCCAGCCUGCUCCGGCAGCGGAUCGCUCAGCCGCCGGUGUCGAAAUUGAGGAGGGUGAAUUGAGCGAGGGACAGUUUGAAGAUCUCUACGAGCCUCGGGAAUAUUCCGCUGCAGGCCCAAAACAAGUUGCCUCCAGACCACAGCCUCUGUCGGUUGGAGGGACCAGCCAACCUGCAAGCGCCACCGAUACCCCUGAAGGUGGAUUUUAUGGCACUGACGAGGACGAUGGUGGAAAGGAUUUAAGGGGCAACGAAGGUCGUGAUCGCUCGGCAUCUUAUUCGCCGUUUCUUUCUCCCCGAGAAAUCCAGAGCGAAAUUCCGACACCGCAGCCCACCAGCGAACCCACAGCCGGAAAGGGAGUCCGAUCAGCCCCUUCUCAGUCAGUUGUCAAGACGGCGAACACAACUGGCCUCGGCCCUCAAUCUUCAAAUGGGCCACCUGUAGCGGAACCCGCAUCCUCAGAUUCAACUCAGAUGUGUGAAUCAAAGUCGCAAGCACAGGAAGACCUCUUGGGCUCUUUCAAAUCAUUACAAGAGGCCAGGAAGGAAGCACAGAAAGCCAUCUUACGCCUAUGGCCGCUAGGCGUCAAAUACCAAAAUUACAUUCAAGAAGGAUUCAACGAGAAGCUGAUCAAAGGCCUCUUCCGGGACCUGCAUCUCGACAUGCCAAAGACCGACGUGGAUUCCUCUGCCCUGCAGACGAAAGGAGCACCACAUCGCGGGACUGGCGUACCCGACUCCACUAAACCGAAACAAUCGUCCGAUCCACAAUCGAAGCAGACAACUACCGCCACGGCAGACUCAUCCGCCACGGCAGAUCAGUCCCAGAAAGGCGAGGAACGGAAAGACCGCAUUGCACGGCUCCUUGCAGCUAAAGCCGCAAAAGCUCCAGCGACACCUAAACCGCCCGCGCCCGGCCCAACCCAACACGAGCACAGCUUUCCAAAGGAGCAGCCACAGGAGGCUGCUAUAACACAACCAGCUCCAGCUCCGCCCAAAAGUAAGACUUGGGGCGAGAAGGAACGCUUGAUCCAGCAGAAAAUUGCGGCUCUGCAAAAGGCCCGGGAGGCUCAAAAAUCGGCAACUGAUGCGGCUGGCUUGGGAGGCAAGCAGACUGACGGCAAUGGAACCUCUGUGUCUCAAACCAAUACGACUAGAAGUCCCGCCCCCUUGUCUAUUCCCGCAGGUUCCCGGGCGGCAAGCGUUUCUCGGACAACCGCCAAUACUCAACACACACCGCCCCAAUCCCGCCCUCUCCCCGCCAGCUUAGCCCCUUCACCAAAUACUCAGCCGAACGCCUCAAACCAGCGAAAGCGCCCAGUGGCAUCAGACUUCGUCGAGUUCUCAUCGGGCCCCAUGCCUCCCAAGCGGCCUUUUGGCCAAAUCCGCAAGGAGACGUCUCUCAUCAUCGACGUGAGCGACGAAUCCGACGAUGAGGAGAUGGACAUGGACAUGGAUAUGGGGUCGCCGGCUGAUGAGAUACUGCCGAUCCAGUCAAGCGGGAUUCCGGGUCAACGUGGACCUGCUAUCCGUGACUUCCCACCGCUCACGGAUACCCUCACUCAACGCCGUGUUUCCAGCCCCGCGCCUUCUGUGACCCCACCUGGCGCUCUGGUUGACAACAAAAGGCGAGAGAUGGAGCUAAAUUUAAAGGAAAAGGCGAUUCAGGAGAUGAGGCGAAAAAUUGCCCUUGCAGAGGCGAAACGGAAAGCGAAACAGUCUUCGGGCGGCUCACUAACGCCAAAGCAAGAUAGGUCAUCAUCGCAGCUCAGUGGAAACGGCGCCUCUCGGAUGCCGCCAGUGGAGUCAGCCGAAUCCGCAAGUAGUCCAGAUCGCUCCCAGAGGACUUCUCCACAACUCACACCAGAGCCAUCAUCGGCCAGGUUUUCCAGGCGCUCCGAGUCGAUGCAUCUGGAUCCGCUGCAGCGCGCGGAGCGCCGCGGCCGUCUCGUGAGCCUCGAGAUUCCCCGAGUCAAGUCUUCUCUCACCGAAAAGUUGACUCGACUUCAGCAACUGCAAGAUGAGCAAGCACGGCUCAAGGCUGAGAUUGACAAAGGCCUUGCUGAGGAAAAGAUGCUAGCUGAAGAGCUGCAACAGCUGGAGACUGCUCCGGUGGAAGGCCCGCAGUUGAACGGGUCAGGUCCGGGAAAUGGCUUCGGUGACUCGUCAUCGUCGCAGGCAGGUGAAGGGACGGAUGGUCAACAGGAAGCGGAGGGUUCUGUUUCGCAAAAUGGGAACGCCUCGGCGGAUCAUCAAACGCACGUGUCUCCCUCGGCUCCAUUCCCUUCAUGGCCAAACGAGGGGCCAGGAACUGGCGAUGCACGGAGGAUCGAAGACGAGUCACUCCAGGAGCAGAUACACAGGGAAUCCUCUCCGCCCAGCGCCGAUAGCGCCGGUGUCAACACUGCCGUGCCUGAGAGCGAGAAGCCUAGCGACUCUGUCGAACCUUUCUCCACCGCGCGCGAGAGGAUCGAGCAGCCCUUGCCAGGGCGUGAUGCCAUCUCUCAGGGGCAAAGAAAUGCAUCAAUGCCAUCGCCAACAUCACGGCCGCCUGAAAACAAUAAUCCUGGUCCCAGCAGGCCUGAGGAAACCGAUAGGGCCGACGAGACCACGCCUAUGGAGCUUGAUUCCAGGUCACCUAGUCCGAACGUAGCGGAGCCUCUCAUCAGUAUCGAUGCACUGGCCUCAGUUCCGCUUCCGGACCAGAUUUCGAACGUUGCGCAGCCCCGCGAAGCCGUGCAGGAGAUUGAGGCUGAGACCACAGGAGAAGUAAACGUCGUUUCUUCGCGCAGUCCCGGCACCUGGCGGCUGACGAAAUCACAGGUUCGUGGUGAACCGGCAUCACAACCGGACAGCACGUUGAUGCCUUACGAGAGUCCGCUCCGAUACUUCCACGCGUACCGAUUCCACCCCCAGUACCAACAUGCAGUGGCGGGUGGCUUGAAGUCUUUGACUUACAGCAACAGAAUUGACCCCGAGAAAGAGCUCUGCCCUCAUGAACUUACUGGAGAACAAUGUCCAGUCAACUGCGAGUUCCAGCAUUUUAGCUCCAUUUGUCCUCCAGGUAAGUCACUCCUCACUCUGAACAGGCUGCUAACAUCGGACCUUAAACACCCCUCCCCCGGAAGCUGACAUCUGGCCCUCUACUUCCAGAUGACCAAAUUCUCUUGGAGCUUGGCAAUCCCGAUGACUACAGUGGCGAGCAGAAGAGCCGCUUCAUCCAAGGCCUGCGCGAGCUUCUCCAAAAGUUCAAGGCCGAGAAGGUCAAGGACUUCAAC